AUCAACAUUCAAAGCCAAAUCUCAUCCCUUCUCCUUUCAUAGCAUUGCGUUGUUGAAAUACAGUUCGUUUUCGUUGCAAGAAAAUGGUGUUCGUGCAAAAUGUUCGCCAACUCGAGUGCCCUUUAUGGUGAUUGUUGACGUGUUUCCUCAGUCAAGAGGUGAGAAUGACAAAGCCGAACAGCGGUGGCGGGGGUGGUGGAGGCGGAGGCAGCCGCCCGUCGCGCAGUGGUGGCUCGUCGAAGGUGCCGCCCCCGCAUGGCCACGCCAAGAAGCCGCUGCGGGCGGUGCGCGCCCUCAAGCAGCCCGACAACUCAGUGCUUCGGCCGCCGCUUGAGACGAGUGUCGCCGGUCUGCGGCAGGCUGUGCGGCUGUUCGAGACUAGCACGCCAGAGGUUGUGCAUUUGAUGUCGUAUGAAUGCGACAUCAUCUAUGAGUGUCGAGUGUGCAAGAACCUGUUUCGCAGUGUUGCCAAUUUCAUCUCCCAUAAGCGGAUCUACUGCACGCGUCGCUUCAAUCAUGUGCAGAACAGUCAAGUGGUGGAAGAUCACACACUUUUGGUUGAUGGCGGUGGAGGGGGAGGGCUUGACUUGCACCAUCAGCUGAUGCCGCCAACUCGCAUCACGGCGCGUCAGGACCUGACGAGCAUCGUGCAGCAGGCAUCGAUGGCCCAGUACUACCGCGACGCCGAGGACAAGGUGGCACAGCGCGAGCAGACGCGUUUCGACGCCACCGUCCAUCUCCAGCCGAUCGAAAACACCAGCUAUGGCGUCUACCAGACCUACGAGACGCCCGGUGGCAAGAAUGCCGGAUCGCUCAUGAAGGAUCAGGUGUCCGAACUGCAGAACAUAAUGCAGAUGAAGGAGGGCGUGACACUGGGACCGGACGGCAAGAUAGUGGCGAAUGGAUGCCGUGUGCCGCCGUCACCUGCCGCCAGUUCCGCUACGCCCGCCAAGGUGGCGCACUCUGACGGCAAGCAAUGUCCGGCGGCCAAAGAGGAGCACAUACUCAGCCACCACGAACACAUCUGCGGACUGUGUAAAAUCAAGUUCUCUUCCAAGAAGACGCUAAGUCAUCAUACCAGAAAUGUUCACGGCUCUUUCCGAAUUGCAUACACGUGUCCCUGCUGCUCCAACCUUUUCACAAAUUCCUGGAGUGUUAUGAGGCAUCUAGGCAAAGUACAUAGGAAGACAAACGAUCAAGUGAGGAGGUUGAGAGGGCAAAUUCAGAAGAAACAAGUUCACGCGGAUAAGCUGUUGAAGAAGCAAGUUGACGCUUCCUCCAAAACCAGUCCAUCUAGUAGUACUUCGAGCAAUAACAACAAACGGUUGGCUGAUACUCCAGAUAACUCUGAGUGGUGCUCGGAGGCGGGCAAGAAGGGCUCCUCGAGUACGGAGGUACUGCGCCUGCGCUGUACGGGUUGCCGACGUCAGUUUGAGCGGCAGGCGGCAUUCCAGUCACACACGCAGAUCUGCCACAAGCGCAAAAUGGCCUCCCCAAAACCGUCCAACAGCAGCGAGAAGCGUAUCGGCAUACAGGUGCGCAUGGACUACUGCAAGAAUGCAGUGGGAGCAUCGCCGUCGCCCAGCCCGGUGGCGGUCGCCAGCAGCAGUCGCCAGUCGCCGAAGAGUCGCCGCAGUGAGCGUCACAAGAACGACGCGUGCGACCGCGCCUCGCUGCAGCUGCAGCUCACUCCGCUCAGCAGUCGACACAGCUCCAAGGAGCGCGAACCCCCCACCACCAGUCGGCCCAAAAUCGAUUCCAAACUCAAAACCAAAAAAAUCGAAAGUAUCAGUCGACUUUUGAUGGAGGCGAUGGGUGGCGGCGGCGGCAACCAACCAACAAACUGUUUGUCGAACGGUGUGAAACACUGUGAUGACGACAACAAUUUAGUUCCUAAAGAUAACGAUGCGGGUGAUAAGUUUAGUCGUAGCAGUAGGUCCAGUAGUGUUAGUGCUGUUAUUGGGGCAGCUGAUGCCUCAAGUGAAAAGACUAAUGGUAGUAAGUGCAUGGACGGGGAAGGAAGGUCGAGCAGACAAUCGUCGAGGACACGAACGGGUCGUUUGUCGUCCAAGGACGAGGAGGCGAUCAAAUCGCCCCCACCACCGCCUCUCAUGAAUCCAUUAGUGGUGGAGGUGAAUGGAGUGCACCACGACUCGGAUGAUGCGAUGCGGUCAACAGCCGACGAUGAAGCAGGCCAACUGUCGCCGUCCAAAGAGGGUGUCAUCAGGGUACUCACCAGGUACCAGUUGAAGUCCAUCUGCAAGAAAGACGUAAUCGACACCGCUGAUUCAGUCAAGGAUGAAGCGGAGGAGAGCAACAGUCAAGCGGACGACGAACUCGAACAAAUGCAGCUCGAACGUUUGCGGGAGAUGUUCAGGACUAACAUAUUGUACAGCAAAACCCUUCAGUGCCUAGUCUGUCUCGAUAAGAUGAAGAACAUUACCGAGCUGAAAAAUCAUGUGGCCGACCAUUUCGGCUGCAACCACUUCCGGUGUACGUUUGCACAGUGCUCGUUUGUGACGUACACACGCGGCGAGUGCAUCAGGCAUAUCAUGCGCGCGCACCUCAAACAGAAUGAGCGACAUCUGGCGGCCGGAUUCAUUGGCAGAGUCGACAAUCCAUCUAAUAGUGAUCCACCCGAGGAGAAGGAUAACCCAAAUUCAAAAUCGAAUAUCAACGAUAAGAGUGUGUCAACAGUUGCACGUCGUAAACGGUCCUUGCCUGUUAAAAAAGAUUCUCCCCCGAAGAAUGGUGACGGCCUCAGUGUAAAACAAGAAAUUGCUGACACUUCAGAAAGUGAACCAACUGAAGUGAAAGCGAAAGGAAGCAACAGUGCUAAACGAAGAAAAGCGGCAACAACUGUAGAAGACAAGCCUUCGCCCGCCCCUCCCCUCCAGUCGUCAACAGAUGCCGCCCAAUCACAACAGUCUGUUGCAGGAAAGGAGAGCGGAGCGGGGGCCGUGGAGUGUUCGCCGCCCCCCGCAAGCCCCGCCUCUGCCUCUGCCUCCAACUCUGCCCCCGCCUCCAACUCAGGCUGCUACUCCUCUAUGCGUCCGCCUCAUUCCACAGCCACGCAGGUCGAUCCUAGUUUUCAUACAUCAACAGCCGCCUCACUAAAAAAGCGCUCCACUGAUAUAAAUCACCACCACCACCCUGCUUCUUCAUGCACCACCCUGGUGAUCACCACAGACCGUUGAAUCACCGCUCCCCUCUUCCUCUGUCUGUGUGCUAAGAAAGUCGUCGAAAUGACGCUGGCCAGUGGCUCCGAUAGUGACGAGGAGCCGAACUCAUCGCCCGGUGAGGAGCAGGAGGCAAGAUGGCCGCCACUGCGCACCUUUCGCGGCUUCGAGGGCGAGAUGGAGGCGUCGCGACGCGCCGGGGAGGCGGACGACGCUCGGCCGUCUGACAGCUGCAACAUUCGAACAAUGGUGAUGAACGUGAUAUUUGGUCCCGACCACGAGCACAAAUGACAGCGGCUGCGUCCGAGACGGUAGCAGUGCUGUUGUUGAUCUCAGCCAAUGGUUUCAGUGCAUUUCAUGACAAUACUCUCCCCUGUGUGAUUCUUAGACCGGUUGCUCUCCUUCUCUGGUAAGUCUGAUUUACUAGUGAUACACACAGUACAAACACUCGCUCAUUCGGUGGAAAAAUAGCUGACUUAAACUUUAUAACUCAAACUGGUGAUAAAAAACAGUUAUCUCGCUCACUGGUCACUUUAUUCUAGUGAAAAAAUAGUAAUUAUUUUUCGAUACUUUGCUGUAAGUUGUUGUUUCUACAUCUCAGUUGAUAAUCAUUUGUUGAAGAAAAAGUUGGCCCAUUUAUAACUAAACCUACCGGAGAUAGCAGUUAUUUAGCUCACUGGUUACUUUACUCUAGUGAUAAAAUUAUAAUUAUUUUUGAUACUUGGCUGUAAGUUGUUGUUUUUACAUUUCAGUUGAUAAUCAUUUGUUGAAGAAAAAAUUGGCCCAUUUAUAACUAAACCUACCGGAGAUAACAGUUAUUCAGCUCACUGGUUACUUUACUCUAGUGAUAAAAUUAUAAUAAUUUUUUGAUACUUGGCUGUAAGUUGUUGUUUGUACAUUUCAGUUGAUAUUCAUUUGGUGAAAUAAUUGUUGGCCCAUUUAUAACUAAAACCUACAAGUGGUGAAAGCAGUCAUUUCUCUCACUGGUGAUAAAAUAAUUAUUAUUUUACUUGCCUGUAAGUUGUUGAAUAAUUCAUCUCAGUUGAUCCUCAUUUUGUGAAGAAGAAAUAGUUGACUCAUUUAUAAUUGGAACAUACUGGUGAUAAGGACAGCUAUUUCUCUCACUGGUGACUUUAUUAUGGUGAUAAAAUAGUAAUUAUUUUUCGAUACUUGGCUGUAAGUUGUUUGUACAUCUCAGUUGAUAUUUAUAAGAAUUGUUAGUGUAACGUUUGGCAAUAAUAUGAUGUAUGCGAUGUUGUGCAAACUGUUGAGCGUGUUGAUGCUCUAUUGUAUUAUUGAUAUUGGUUCGAGAUUAAAAUCUUUACACAAAAACUU